CAAACCCCCCCCCCUCGUAGCUCCGACGGCAGCGACGCCGGAAUUCCCCAAAUCCCAAAAAACCCCCCAAAAACCGCGUCCGACCUCGUCCGUAUUUAUGCCGGAAGCGGCUCCGACGGAGCCCCCGGAUCGUCCUGGAUGGUCCCUCCGGGCCCUUCCCGGGUUUUCCCGGCUCAUCCCACGUGGUUCCCACAUCCAGAUUAUCCCGGGUCGGUCCCGGAUCAUCCCAGGUAGUUCCCAGAUCCGGAUCAUCCUGGAUGGUCCUUCCAGGCCCUUCCAGGGUUUUCCCGGCUCAUCCCGGGUGGUUCCUGGAUCCGGAUUGUCCUGGGUCAGCCCUGGAUCCUCCUGGAUCAUCCCGGGUGGUUCCCAGAUCCGGAUUGUCCCGGGUCGGUCCCGGAUCAUCCCACGUCGUUCCCAGAUCCGGAUUGUCCUGGGUUGGUGCCGGAUCCUCCUGGAUCAUCCCGGGUGGUUCCCAGAUCCGGAUUGUCCUGGGUCGGUCCCGGAUCCUCCUGGAUCAUCCCGGGUGGUUCCCAGAUCCGGAUUGUUUCGGGUCGGUCCUGGAUCCUCCUGGAUCAUCCCGGGUGGUUCCCGGAUCCAGAUUGUCCUGGAUGGUCCCUCCGGGCCCUUCCCGGGUUUUCCUGGCUCAUCCCACGUGGUCCCAGAUCCGGAUUGUCCCGGGUUGGUCCCGGAUCCUCCUGGAUCAUCCCGGGUGGUUCCCAGAUCCAGAUUGUCCCAGGUUGGUCCUGGAUCCUUCUGGAUAAUCCCAGGUGGUUCCCGGAUCCGGAUUGUCCCAGGUUGGUCCUGGAUCAUCCCACAUGGUUCCCAGAUCCGGAUUGUCCUGGAUGGUCCCUCUGGGCCCUUCCCGGGUUUUCCUGGCUCAUCCCAGGUGGUCCCAGAUCCGGAUUGUCCCGGGUCGGUCCUGGAUCCUCCUGGAUCAUCCCAUGUGGUUCCCAGAUCCGGAUUGUCCCGGGUCAGUCCCGGAUCCUCCUGGAUCAUCCCAUGUGGUUCCCAGAUCCGGAUUGUCNGCCAGGAAUGGCCUGGAACGGCUGAGGCUGGCUGGGAAGGACCGGGAAUAACAGCCAGGAAUGGAUGA